AUGCGCCUGCUCUGUGCCCUGCUCAUCCUGCUGCCCGAGGCGGCGGCGUCGCGGACGCGCCGGGAGCUGGCGCCGGGCUUGUACGAGCACGGCGUGUACGACGCGGGCGGCUCAUACUGCGAGCGCGGCGACGUGUGCUGCCGCGGGCGCGACGACGGCUGCACCGUGCCCUACCUCGACACCAUCUGCUACUGCGACCUCUUCUGCAACCGCACCGUCUCCGACUGCUGCCCCGACUUCUGGGAAUACUGCCUGGGCAUCCCGCCGCCCUUCCCCAAGGCGCACGGUUGCACCCGCGCUGGCCACAGCUACCCGAGCGGAGCCACGUACCGCGAGAACUGCAACCUGUGCACCUGCAGCCAGGACGGGCGCUGGGACUGCGAGGACCAUGCCUGCCUCAUGGACCCGGAGCUCAUCAACGCCAUCAACAGCGGCAACUUCGGCUGGAGAGCCACCAACUACAGCCACUUCUGGGGCAUGACGCUGGACGAGGGCAUCCGCUACCGCCUGGGCACCUUCCGCCCGCCGCCCACCGUGCUCAACAUGAACGAGCUGCACGUGCCCAUGGACUCCAACGAGGUGCUGCCACGGCACUUCGACGCCGCCACUAAGUGGCCCGGCAUGAUCCACGAGCCCCUGGACCAGGGCAACUGCGCCGGCUCCUGGGCCUUCUCCACGGCAGCCGUCGCCUCCGACCGCAUCUCCAUCCACUCCAUGGGGCACAUGACGCCCGCGCUGUCGCCCCAGAACCUGCUCUCCUGCGACACCCGCAACCAGCGCGGCUGCGGCGGCGGGCGGCUCGACGGCGCCUGGUGGUACCUGCGCCGGCGCGGGGUGGUGACGGACGAGUGCUACCCGUUCACGAGCCGCGGGAGCCGCGCGCCGGGGCAGCCCUGCAUGAUGCACAGCCGCUCGACGGGCCGCGGCAAGCGGCAGGCGACCGCGCGCUGCCCCAACCCGCGCGCCCGCGCCAACGACAUCUACCAGGCCACCCCCGCCUACCGCCUCUCGGCCGACGAGAAGGAGAUCAUGAAGGAGCUCAUGGAGAACGGGCCGGUGCAAGCCAUCCUGGAGGUGCACGAGGAUUUCUUCAUGUACGAGAGCGGGAUCUACCGGCACACGCGGCUGGCCGAGGGCAAGGCGCCGCGGCACCGGCGGCACGGCACCCACUCCGUCAAGAUCACGGGGUGGGGAGAGGAGCAGAUGCCUGACGGCCAGACCCAGAAGUACUGGACGGCCGCCAACUCCUGGGGCAAGGAGUGGGGCGAGAAGGGCCACUUCCGCAUCGCCCGCGGCGUCAACGAGUGCGACGUGGAGACCUUCGUGGUGGGCGUGUGGGGCCGCGUGGGCGCCGAGGACGUGCGCCACGGCGCCUAG